AUUGCCUUCAGCAAUCACAACGCAGCACCAACAUCAUGGCGGCGGGUCGGGUUGGUCCACGGCAAUUGGCGGCGCUUCAAAAGGACACAGAGCACAUCCGCAACAUCUGCAUCAUUGCGCAUGUCGAUCACGGGAAGACAACCCUCAGUGACAGCCUCGUUUCGUCGAACGGUAUCAUUUCCGACAAGUUGGCGGGAAAGGUGCGGUUUCUCGACAACACAGAAGAAGAGCAAACACGAGGCAUAACGAUGAAAUCCAGCGCCAUCUCGUUGAUGUACGAAGGACCAUUGACGCCGGCCGAGCGCAAGGCGCGCGGCCUCGAUUCGUCGAACGACGAAGUGACUGUGCCGUACUUGAUCAACUUGGUGGAUUCCCCCGGUCAUGUCGACUUUUCGUUUGAUGUGUCCACCGCCGUACGACUCUGCGAUGGGGCACUUGUCCUGAUCGACGUCAUCGAAGGCGUGUGUGCGCAGACACAUGCCGUGCUGCGUCAGGCGUGGCAAGAAGGCAUUCGACCGUGCCUCGUGCUCAACAAGAUCGAUCGGCUGAUUUAUGAGCUCCAGUACACGCCCGUCGAAGCGUACCGGCACAUUUGCCGCAUCGUCGAACGGGCGAACGUCAUCAUCAGCUCCAUGAUCCGCGCCGAUCGCCUUGACGAAGAAGAGGAGCUUGAUGUGUCGCUCCUGGAAGAAGAUGAUGACCAGACAGAAACGCUGGAGCGGCAGUGGAUGUUUUCCCCGGCGUAUGGGAACGUGCUGUUUGCAAGUGCGUACGAUGGGUGGGCGUUUAGCAUUGGAUACUUUGCGGCGUACUACAGCAAGAAAUUUGAAACACCGCAGGCGCAAUGGCGCAAGGGCCUUUGGGGUGACCACUACUUCCACGCCAAGACCAAAGUCAUUCGCAGUACGCCGUGGACAUCGUCGAGCGUUCCCAUGUUCGUCUCGUUCAUCUUGGAGCCGCUCUGGUCUGUCUACAAGACCCUCAUGGAGCCGUUGCCGCCGCAGAAAGAACUGACCGCCGACCCCACGAUUCUGGAAAAGCUCCGUCAAUUGACCAAGUCACUCCGAGUGGCCAAACUCGUCAACGACCGCGAAUUGCUCCAGCGAGAUCGAAAGCUCGCCCUGCAAGCCGUCAUGCGCAAGUGGCUACCCCUGGCGCCAUCGGUGCUAAAAAUGGUGACGCGGGUGUUGCCAUCGCCAGUCGCAGCGCAAAAGACUCGGUCCGAACGCCUCUGCGUGCCCAACCAAGCCGAUGCAGGCCAAGUGGCGACUUUUAAUGCCAUACAAGCUUGUGACUCGACGUCGCCUAUCGUGGUGUUCAUUUGCAAAAUGGUGUCGACGGAAGCGUCCAACUUGUCGGAUUACGCAACCAACACCUCGCUGCGGGCGAUGUAUCCGAUGAAAGAAGACUCGAACCGUGGCGCCGAGGUGUACGUGGCCGUGGGACGAGUCUUCUCCGGCACGUUGAAAGCCGACGACUUGCUCUACCUCCUUGGGCCAAAAUACAACGGCGAAGGCCUGCCAAGCAGUCAUGUUACGGCGAUUGCCCCACACAGUCUCCAGCUGUACAUGGUGAUGGGCGCGGAUUUUGUCGCGGUGAACGAAGUCCCCUCUGGGAACAUUGUCGGGAUCGUUGGGCUCCAUGAGCAUGUGCUCAAAACAGCCACGCUGUCGAGCACCGUGGCGUGCCCAUCGUUAGCGAGGAUGCCAUACCAAGCCAAGCCGAUAGUUCGUGUGGCGGUGGAGCCAGAAGACCCGAGGAAUUUCGCCGACCUCGAAGCUGGGUUGCAGCGAUUGUACCGGUCGGACCCGACAGUCGAAGUGCAUGUGCAGGAAACGGGGGAGCACGUCAUCGUCGCCCUCGGCGAGCUUCACUUGGAACGAUGUGUGAAAGACCUGACCGAGCGCUUUGCCAAAGUUCCGCUGCGCGUGUCCGAGCCCCUCGUCGGAUUUCGCGAAACGAUUGCGGCGGGCGACGCCAACUACGACAAACAGUCCAUUUUCAACUUCAAACUCCUCCAACUGUCCGACAUGUCGGUGGGUCGUACACCCGACGGCAGGUUCAAGACUGUGGUCUGUCCCACGCCCGACACGCAAGUGACUUUGCACCUGCGCGCGGUGCCGGUGCCACCGACUGUCGUGUCAUUCCUCGAAGAACACACCGACACGUGGCGUGCGCUGCACGAUAAUAGCGACACCGCCGACAGCAUCGACGUCGCUAGUCUCAAGGACGUACUGGCCGCUCUGCUUCAAGGCUGCUCGGACGAUUUCUGGCGCAAGCUUCCUUUGGACGCCUUGUGGAGCUGUGGCCCUCGUCGAGUUGGGCCAAACUUGCUCGUGAACCGAGUCCCGGACUACGCGUCGGCGUCCACCAUAUUCCAAGCCAACACGGGGAUCCCCGACAGCGACCCUCGCUCCAAGUUUGAGUCGAGCUUGAUCACGGGUUUCCAACUGGCGACUGCCAGUGGCCCUCUCUGCGACGAACCCGUCUGGGGCGUUGCGUUUGUUGUGGAAGACGUUGUGCUCACUCCCACCGAAGAUGCGUCGGCCCCGGCGAUCUAUGGACCUCUGAGCGGCCAAGUCAUUUCCACGAUGAAGAGCGGAUGUCGCAAUGCAUUCAUCCAGCAACCCGUGCGGCUCGUGGAAGCCAUGUACUUGUGCACGGUGCAGUGCCAUGCGGAGCAGUUAGGCAAACUAUAUAGUGUGUUUGCGAAACGCCGGGCAAAAGUCCUGUCGGAAGAACUCAGCGACGGCAGCGCGUUGUUUCGAAUUGAAGCCCACUUGCCGGUCGUCGAGAGCUUUGGGUUUGCCACGGAAUUGCUCAAGAGCACCAGUGGCAAUGCCAGCAACCCGCAAUUGAUCUUUGAUCACUGGACCAUCAUGGAAGACGACCCGUUCUUCCAGCCUCAGACGGACGAGGAGCGAGAGGACUUUGGCGAACGAAUCGACGAACACAACGCCGUUCGUCGACUCAUUGAGCUCGUGCGCAAGCGAAAGGGUCUUGCCCGAGAAGAAAAGAUCGUUGUGCACGCAGAGAAGCAGCGCACGCUCGGUCGCAACAAGUAGAGGACUCCUUGUUCGGCCAGGUCGAAACCAUCGUCGAGCUGCACAAGUCGUUGAGUUGUAGCUCUGACAAAUGCCAUUCGAUCUCUUGCUCGUGUCUGUCAUAUAAAGAACAACCGGGUGAUGCUUUUAUGCUGGA